AUGUUUUUAGUCGAUUGGUUUUAUAAUAUGUUCCUUUGGUUAGGAUUUUUCAAAAAGGAAGCAAAAAUUGUUAUCAUUGGGCUUGGUAAUGCUGGAAAGACAACCUUAUUGCAUUUAUUAGUAACUGGAUCUCUUAAAUCUCAUAUCCCAACUUUGAGACCAAAUGCUGAAAGUUUUACUUAUGGUAAUGUAAAUUUCAAAGCAUAUGAUUUAGGUGGUCAACAAAAUUUAAGAUUCUUAUGGAAACAAUAUGUACCAGAUUCUAAAACCAUUAUAGUUUUUAUGGUAGAUUCAAGUGAUUACAAUUCAAUCAUUGAAUCAAAAUCUGAAAUUCAUGAUAUUUUAGGAGAUGAACAUUUGAGUCAAUCUCCAUUAUUAAUUUUAGGUUCAAAAUGUGAUGCUAAAGGACAUCAUAAUAGAGAGAAUUUAAUCGAUUUAUUAGAUAUUAGAAGAUUUGAAUUAGGCUUAAAUAAUUCAAAUAAUGUACCAUUUGACUUAAUAAUGACAUCAUCAAUCACUAGAUAUGGUAUUACUGAUAUGUUAAAUUGGUUAGAUAAAUGUACUGAUAUAAUUAAAAAUAACUAA